AUGAAGUGUAUUACAAGUAUUCUAGUAUUUGCUUUAUUCCUUUUGAAUAAUUGUCAUUUCGGAGGAACUAGUCUUUAUUUAUCUUUAACAGAUAUGGAAGAUCUUUUAGAUGCUGAAAAAGCAAUGAUUGAUGGUUUAGAACAAUAUAUUGAGAUUGAAGAAAGGAGAGUUUUGGAAUUAAAAUUAAAAUUUCAAAAACAUCAAAAUGAGUACAUAGAGAAGAAAAAUCAAUCUGAAUCACAUAUAUUAAAUCCAAUAAAUGCUUAUUUGUUAACAAAACAUUUGACACAAGAUUGGAAAAAAAUUGAAGAUAUAAUGAUUGAUGAUCAAGGAGGAAAUAUUAUUAAAAAUGUGGUGAAUAAAAGUGAUAAUGUAAUAUUCCCAACAGAAGAAGAUUUGGAAGGUGCAGCAGUUGCAUUGAUUCGGCUUCAAAAAGUUUAUAAUUUGAAUGCCCAAGAUGUCGCAAAUGGUCUAUUAAAUGGAAUUAAUUUUAAUAAAGAACUUAGUGCAAAUGAUUGUUUUCAAAUUGGAAAAUCUGCUUAUAAUGACAAUGAUUUUGAAAGAACUGUUCAUUGGAUGACAAUAGCUUUAGAAAAGUUACCAUUACAAGAAACGGACAAUAUAAUGAUGCCAUAUAUCGAAAAAUCGAACAUUUUAGAAUAUUUAGCGUUUUCGAUUUACAAAACUGGGGAUAUAAAAACUGCGUUAAAGAGAACGAAAGAAUUAUUAGAUUUAUCACCUGAUCAUAAAAUGGCUAAGAAUAACAUUUAUUAUUUUGAGAAAGAAAUGGAGGAAAUGAGUCAAUCAUCAUUAAAUACUAGUAUCGGGAGUUCAGAAAAUUUAAAUCCUCCAGAUUAUAAUUCGUUAGAUCUAACUGAAAAAUAUGAAUUAUUAUGUCGUGGAGAUGUAAAAAUAACACCAUCUGAAGAGCGAAAACUGAAAUGUUUUUAUACUGAUAAUAAUAUUCCAUAUUUGAAAAUUGGUCCUCUCAAAUGUGAAGAAGCAUUUCUUGAACCAAAAGUCUUAAUAUUUUAUGAUAUACUUUAUGAUUCUGAAAUUGAACAGAUUAAAAUGAUGGCAAAACCAAGAUUAAAUCGUGCCGGAGUUUUUGGAGAUUCAAAACCAAAAAUUCGUGUUAGUAAAACUAGUUGGAUUUAUCAAAAUGAAUAUGAUGAGAGUCUUAAAGCUGUUAUUCGGCGUGCUGGUUUUUUAAGUCAAUUAGAUAUGAGAUCAUCGGAAGCUUUGCAAAUUUGUAAUUAUGGUAUCGGUGGACACUAUGAACCGCAUGUUGAUUAUUCAUUUGACCCAGAAGCAUAUGAAUCUGAUAGAACAGGAACAAUUUUAUUUUAUAUGACGGAUGUUCAACAAGGUGGUGCAACUGUUUUUACAGAAUUAAAAAGAACUGUUUGGCCAAAAAAGGGUUCUGCCGUUUAUUGGCAUAAUAUGUACGAUAGUGGCGAAGGAAACCCGAAUACAAGACACGCUUCUUGUCCUGUACUAAUUGGAAAUAAAUGGGUUGCAAAUUUAUGGGUCCAUUCUCCAAAUCAAGUAUGUUGGAAUGACUACUGUAACGAUUUCGUGAAAUCAGAUCAAUCAAUAGAAUUAUUAAAAAUGGAAUCAGAUAUAAUUAGUGGUUUAGAAAAAUAUAUAAAUGAUUACGAAAACCAGCUGGAGAGAUUGAAAAGCAAUUUAGCGGAUCUUCAAAAGGAACAUGAAGAAGCAAAUGAAGAUGUGACUCGAUAUUUGUCAAAUCCAAUUAAUGCUUAUCUUUUAACAAAACGAUUAACAACAGAUUGGAAACAUGUUGAAAGUAUAAUAUCAGAAGAUGAACAUUUAGAAUUUUUUAAAAACUUAACAUCCAAUUUUGGAGCUGAAAGACUGCCAAACGAAGAGGAUUUGCGAAAUGAAAUUCUCCGAUUAGAUCAUUUACGUAAAACUUAUGAUUUACCAAUUGCAGAUGUUGCGAAUGGUUAUUUAGAUGGAGUAAAAUAUAGCGAACCUCUUAAAGCUGUUGAUUGCUUCGAAAUUGGAAGACAACUUUAUUAUGCAAAUGAAUUUCAAUCAUCUAAAGACUGGUUAGAAUUAGCUAUUAAGAAGUUUGAUUAUGGAGAGCUUAUGGACACAGAAGAUGGUGAUCUUGCGAAAGCUUCAAUUUUAGAUUAUUACUCAAUGGCACACUACGAACUUGGAAACUAUGACACAGCUUUGAAUUUGGCUGGAGAAGCUGUAAAACUUUAUCCAGAAUUUGAUCAUAUCAAACAUAAUAUUAGAAAAAUUCGUAGAGCUAUGAUGGAAGAGAAAGAAAAACAAACCACAGCUGGUGUUAAGAAAGAAAACGAACCAACUGUAACUGAAGAUGAAAUGAAGUAUGAGAAAGGUUGUCGUGGUGAUUUAUUGAAAUCGCCCGCUGAACUCAAAAAUUUAUAUUGUGAAAAUUAUUUUGGAGAAUCAGCAUUUCUUAAAUUAGCACCAUUUAAAUUGGAAGUACUUAACUUGAAACCAAAAAUUGUCCUUGUACACGAUAUUUUAUAUGAAAAUGAGAUUGAAAAAUUGAUUAAUAUUACAAAAGGUCAAAUGUCAACAGCAACUCUACUGGAGCAAUAUAAAGGUGUUAAUGUUGCGUACCCAACACUAGAAAGUCAAUAUUAUAUGGUAGAAAAUAGUGAAAUAUCACUUAUUAGCAAAUUAAAUCAAAGAUUCGCUGAUGUUACUGGGUUGAUUGUCAAUAAUGAAGGUGAAAAUUUGCAAAUUUCAAAAUAUAGCGUUGGAAUGCAUUUAGUUCCCCCAACUGAUUAUUUAUUCAAGGUUGAUGAUAAACCAAUUGCUUUUAGCGAAGAGUUAGGUAAUCGAAUGGCAAGUGUUGUAGUUUAUUUAAAUCAUGUUGAGAAAGGUGGAGCGACAUUGUUCCCGAGUAUCAAUACAAUUGUUAAACCUGUAAAAGGUGCAGCAUUAUUCUGGUACAAUAUAUUACCAAGUGGAGCAGUUGAUUUUGAUGUUCGACAUAUUGGAUGUCCAGUUCUUAAAGGGAAGAAAUGGGUUCUUAUGAAAUGGAUUAGAGAAAAGGAUCAGAUAUAUUCAAAGCUAGCUACUAUAAAAGAUUUAUUAUAUCAUUUUAGAAUAUUAUCAAAACACAGAACUGAAUACAAAGGCUUGUUACAUAAAUUGAAUCAAACAAAUGAAAUAGUACAAUCGAUGGCAUUGUAUAAAUUUUUAUCAAAAUUCAAUAAAAAUUUGUACCAACUGGAAGAUAUAGUAGAAUAUAAUCCAGAAAUUGAUUUAAAGAAUAAUGUUAAAGUAUGUAGAAACACUUUAAUAUUUCCAACAAAAGAUGAUUUAACUGGUGUAAUAUCUGGUUUAGUUCGAUUGCAAGAUGUUUAUGAUUUAACAGUUGAUAAAUUUUUUAAAUCUUUUAAUUUUGGAGACGAAACCAAAAGAUCAAAAUUGGACUUUACUGAUUAUUAUUUAAUUGAAGAUUUUCGAAUAGAAAAAGAACAUUUUGAAAUUACAAAACGUCAAGAAUUUAUUUUAGAAGUUUUUGAGCGUUAUAAACAAGGUUGCCGCAAUGAAUUAAAACGGAAAAUAAAUUUGAUGAGUAAAUUACAAUGUUGGUAUUUAAGUGAAACAUCAUUUUUUCUACAAUAUGCACCUGUUAAAAUUGAAGAAAUUAAUUUUAGCCCUGAAAUAUUUUUAUUUCAUGAUGUUAUUUAUGAUUCAGAAAUAAAGAAAUUACAAAAUUUGUCAAAAGGAAAAUUAACUCGAGCUAAAGUUUAUGAUAUAACGAAAAAUUCUGAAUAUAAAUCGGAAAUUCGAACAAAUAAAUUAGCAUGGUUAAAGCCUGAUACAGAUCCUUUAAUAAAUGUGAUUCGCCGAAGGAUAGCUCAUAUUACAGGAUUAUCGAUGGAUACUGCUGAAGAUUUGCAAAUUGCUAAUUAUGGUAUUGGUGGACAUUAUGAACCACAUUUGGAUUAUCAUUUUGAUGAAUAUGGGAAUUCUACAGAAAAUUUUCUUGGAUCUGAAAAUGGUAAUCGAAUGGCAACUUUAGUUUUUUAUUUAUCUGAUGUCAAAGCUGGUGGCGCAACUGUCUUUCCUUUAUUAAAUAUUACUGUAUUUCCGCAAAAAGGUUCAGCUCUUUUUUGGUAUAAUUUAUAUUCAAAUGGUGCUGGGGACGUUAGAACAUUUCAUGCUGCUUGUCCAGUCUUGGAGGGUGAUAAAUGGAUUCUAAAUGAGUGGAUCCAUGAGCGGGAUCAGGAGUUCAAUAGACCUUGUUUGCUGCAAAGAGAUGAUAUUUAAAAUAAUUAAUUUUUAUUAAAUAAAAUUAUAUUUUUG